GGGAGACAUGUAUAAUAAAAUUUAUGUGAUGUGGAUUUGUUGAUUUUAUUUAAUUAUGGAGUACAAAUUGAGAAAAUACAGAGUUGAGUUGGGUGUUACAGAGAAAGAAUUAAGUAAUAUCGUCCCUAAUGAUGAUGAACAAUGGAUUGACGACAAGCAAAGAAUUGCCAUACUUGAGAAGAAAAUCAAUGUAAUGAGGGCUGAAAUUGACCACCUAAAAUUUGUUUUCUGUCAGAUGAUAAUGGGCAAACCAAUUCCAACCAAAGCAGGAGACUGUAUCGAAAGUACUUUAAGGUUGUCCAUUAGUAAUGAUGCGAGUUUCAAAUCCAACAGAAUAAAUAGUGUAGAAAACAAUGCAAUUGAUUCCAAAUCAGACCGGCCACCUUCUGCAUCAAAAUUAGCAACGAAGUAGUAAAAUACACAUUUUUAUUAAUGAAUUAAAAUUGGUUUAAUAGUUUAAAUUGCAUUGCCUGGGAAUU